ACCUGAGGAAUGUUAACAAUGCAGCGAGUGUCCAACUUUGUGCUGCAUUUCGGAUCCUUCUUUGAGUCUGGGGAGAAAAUGGAGGCUCGUUUUAUCCUUCCCAGCCCGUCGCCGUGUCUUCGCUGAGCGCGUGCCUUCAGUCUCCGCGUCCAGCAGCUAAACGAGCAACUUUUUCCCGCUACUUCUUGUAAGGAACUGACUCUCUAUUCUUUGGGAUUCUUCUUGUCUUGGCACUUCUCUCAUCACACAUGGAAUGCGUUGCUCUCAGCCCCCAGCCCUGCCCGGGGUUCAGCGGGGGAGGCCACAGAGCGUUAAAACGCUGGCUUCCGCGCGCAGAUGGGCACCGUCAUGGUUUGGCUCCAUAGUGCCCUCAUGAGCAGCUCCACUUCCUGGAAUAAGUUGGAACCCGAGCCUUGAAGUCACACCAUGGAAUGCUUGUAGUAUUGUGCGUCCCUUUCGUCCACCCCACCAGCAACAGCAGGAAUCAGAGACACCCAGUGUGACACAAACGACUGAGGGCCACAGGAACUGCUCCCAGAGGCUCUUUAUCUAUUUAGGUCAGAUAGCUUGAGACGUUUUCGGGAGGGUGCAGGGGAGCUUGCUCUAGUUUCUGACUGACUGUGUGGGCUUUCCUUCUGAGAGUUAGUGCCCUGGCACAGGCUCUCAGACCAUGAGACCCAAGACUUUCCCAGCAGCCCCGUAUGUGGGCAACACGCGACAGAGGCUCCAGGAGAUUAAGGAAGGCCUGAAGCAGCCGGCCAAGCUGGUGAGCCAAGCUCUGCAUGGAGGAAGCUCCCGCUCUGAGAGAGGCUCCGACUCGAAAAGCGGGAAGGACACAACCAGUCGACAGCAGCAGCUCCGGCCGCCUCAGAAGUUCAACAACUACCAGAAUGCACUCAGAGAAAUCCGCAAGUCCCUCAUGCCCUUCGCCAACGAGUCUGGAGAGGCCGGAGAGGUGAACCGACAGAUGCUGCACGAGCUGGUCAACGCAGGAUGUGAUGAGGAAAUGGCGGUGCGAGCGCUGAAGCAGACCGGCAGCAGGAACAUUGAAGCGGCUUUGGAGUUUAUCAGUAAAAUGGGUUACCUCGACCCUCGUAACGAGCUCAUUGUUCGUGUCAUCAAGCAGACUUCGCCAGGAAAAGCUGGCAUGCAGAAUGCAAUGGACCACCGGGCUGCUUUAGAGGUUUCCAAUGAGGCAGUAGCCAUGCCUCCAUAUCAUCAGAUGGGAGCUCCUAUGUAUGAUGGAGCAGCAGGAUAUGGCCCUGAGGGCGAGAUAACCCGACCCUACAUGGGGGCUCCCCCUGUUAUGAACUAUAUGAUGCCUCCUUCUAACACAGCUCAGGGCCCUGCCAUGGGAAACCCUCUGGGUCGACCCCCCAGCAUGGGCAGCUAUCCACCAGUGAUGGGCUCUCAGGGCAACCCAGGCAACAACUUGUACCCCCCAGGGGCUCAGCAGAAAGGUUAUUCCAGCAGCAUGGAGCAGAACGGGCCCAUGAUAACCUACAGUGUCCCUGGUCAACCAUUGCAACUGCAGGCUCAGCCACCAGGGGGCCCUGUUGCUGCGUCACACUAUGACUAUGGCCAUGCCAGGCAGCACAUGAUGGAGCCAGCAGGCUAUGGAGUAAAGAGAACCCCUUCUUUUCAGAACAAGAUGCAGCCACCCCCAGAUAACUACGUCAACAUGCAAGGGAAAGCCGGCAUGGGUCAGAACGGGCCAGGAGGAGGGGGCAGUGGCUAUCCCACUAACCUGUACCUAUCUUCUCACUCUCACCCCCGACAGGCUAGCCCCACGUCCCACCAGGUGCACAUGAUGUCUCGAUCCCCUGGUGGGGUGGGAGUCAUGGGCCCUGACUUCUCAGACCUGCCCCAAAGUUUGAUGGCGCCCUCCAGACUUAGCCUUAAUAUGGAGCUUUAUGAACACCACUGGGCAGGGCCUCCAGGUCCCGAAGGUGCCCCUCCAGCCAGGCAGUCCCAACCCCAGGGCCCAUUUAGAGGGGAGGUUCGUGUUCCCAGCAGAACCAACUCGUUCAACAGUCGUUCUGCAGGCCCAAAUGGGGUACGGCCUUCGCUGGCUGCACCCCCUACCGCUGGGAAGCAGGACUCUUCAAUGGGCCCCCCCAACACCAUAACUACUGUCACCUCCCCGCCCAUCCAGCAGCCAGUGAAGAGCAUUCGUGUCAUGAGGCCAGAGCCCAAAACGGCUGUAGGACCAUGUCACCCCGGCUGGAUGACAGCCCAGACUCAAGAGGCAACAGAACCUCUGGCCUACAUGCCAGAGGAGCCAUAUCCUCUAGAGCCUGCUCAGGAGCCUCGCUGCCCUCCACCACCAUAUCCCAAAAGUCUGCUCAAGUCUGGAACUGGCAGUGAUCCAGGGGCCGCAGAAGGAGCUGAGGCCAUGUGUGGAGCUCCAGAUCUCAGCAGCCCUGCUACGAGAAGCACACACAGCGGCAGUGAUGGGAGCACAAAGGCCGACAACAGCCAGCAGCAAGUGAAAAGCAAGAUGAAAAUGGGAAAGAGUGAAAAAACAGUGAAAGACAAGAAACAGAUCCAGACCUCCCCAGUUCCUGUGAGGAAGAACGGACGAGAUGAGGAAAAGAGGGAGUCCCGCAUUAAAAGCUACUCUCCCUUUGCCUUCAAGUUUUAUAUGGAGCAGCAUAUCGAGAAUGUGAUGAAGACCUACCAGCAGAAACUCAACCGCAGGCUUCAGCUGGAACAGGAGAUGUCUAAGGCGGGUCUGUCGGAGGCAGAGCAGGAGCAGAUGAGGAAGAUGCUGAACCAGAAAGAGUCCAACUACAACAGGCUACGGCGUGCCAAAAUGGACAAGUCCAUGUUUGUCAAGAUAAAAACGCUGGGUAUCGGUGCUUUUGGGGAAGUGUGCCUAACACGUAAAGUAGACACUGGUGCACUUUAUGCCAUGAAAACGCUGCGAAAGAAAGACGUUCUCAACCGCAACCAGGUGGCUCAUGUGAAAGCUGAGCGGGACAUCCUCGCAGAAGCAGACAAUGAGUGGGUGGUACGUCUGUACUACUCCUUUCAAGACCGUGACAGCCUCUACUUUGUCAUGGACUACAUCCCCGGAGGAGACAUGAUGAGUCUGCUCAUUCGGAUGGGAGUCUUCCCGGAACAUCUGGCACGCUUCUACGUGGCCGAACUGACUCUGGCCAUUGAGAGUGUCCACAAGAUGGGCUUUAUCCAUCGUGAUAUCAAGCCAGACAACAUCCUCAUAGAUCUGGACGGACACAUCAAGCUGACCGACUUUGGUUUAUGCACAGGCUUCCGCUGGACACACAACUCAAAGUACUACCAGAAAGGGAGCCAUGUCAGACAGGACAGCAUGGAGCCCAGUGACUUCUGGGAUGACGUAUCCAACUGUCGCUGUGGCGACCGGCUCAUGACACUGGAGCAGCGUGCCAAUCGCCAGCACCAGCGCUGCCUGGCCCACUCUCUGGUGGGAACUCCUAAUUACAUUGCUCCGGAGGUGCUGCUGCGCAAAGGCUACACUCAGCUCUGUGAUUGGUGGAGUGUGGGGGUGAUCCUCUUUGAGAUGCUGGUGGGACAGCCGCCGUUCCUCGCUGCAACACCUACCGAGACCCAAAUAAAGGUUAUUAACUGGGAAAGCACGCUGCAGGUCCCCGCUCAGGUCAAACUGAGCCCAGAGGCCGUGGACAUCAUUGGUCGUCUGUGCUGUGCUGCAGAGGACCGCCUGGGCGCCAACGGUGCUGGUGAGAUCAAGUCCCACCCUUUCUUUGCCGGGGUGGACUUCUCCAGCAACCUGCGGCAGCAGCCGGCACCCUACCGGCCCAAAAUCGCCCACCCCAUGGAUACAUCCAACUUUGACCCAGUUGAGGAGGAAGGCGGUCCAGGAGCUUGGAGCGACAGCGGAGACAGCACCCGGGCUUUGGACGCACUCUGCUUCCCACAUGGGAAGCACCCGGAGCACGCCUUUUACGAAUUCACCUUUCGCAGGUUUUUUGACGACAACGGGUGUCCUUUCCGCUACCCAAAGCCCCUUGAGGCCGGAGAGCUGCCUCUAAAUGGAGCUAUGGGCCCAGAAGAGGAGGAUGAGGGUCAAGAAGAAGCAGAGGAGGAGGAAGAUGAGGAGGGAGAGCAGGGGGAGGGGUGCGAGCCGGUGUAUGUGUAAAGGAGUAGCUGGUGUGCUUCCUGUCGCUGCUCCUCUCAGGUGUAUGUCUGCACGUGAGCUGUGCAGGUGUGUGAUUUUAGCUUGUGUGCUAUGAAAGUUGGAGCAGGAUGGGUGAGCACUGCCCCCUUGUGGAAGACCUUUGAUACUUCAGGUAAUAAACUGCUCCGAUCCAGGACCAAGAGACAAUCUUCUGACUGAACUAAUAAUGAAGAGUGGAGCAGAGGCGGAAAAGGACAGGACAAAUAAGUUUAUAUCCAAAUGGAAACACUGCUUUUGAUUUUAAGCAUUUCUUCUGGCUUUUUCAAGAGUUUCUUUGUGCCAUUCCUCCCACCAUUGGUCUUAUGGAUGACUGAAAUGCCUCCCCUCUGACACGGGAGCUUCUUCCUGUUCCAGCCAGAACAGCCAUCACUUGUUUUUCUUUCUCAGCUGCUGCAGAAUAAGCUACAAUAACACAAUGGUGCAUGUUCACACACUCAUACGUGCUUCUUCAUCACACCUCACGCUCCGUCAUAAGAGCCGAAAAGAACACUGAUGUUUCCGCUCGUCCACUAGAACUGACAAAGGAUUUCCUUCUGACGUCACCUGCGCAGAAAAUGUCAUUUAUCUCCCGCUGAGAGUUGUGAGGUAUAUAUUUGUUUUUUUUUUAAGAAUAAAUAUUAAUAUUUAUAUUUGUUUAACCUAUUUUAUGUUACCAUAUUUGCCACAACUUUAACCCAAAUUUUAUUAAAACCAACAACAUUCAACAAGAGUUGUAUUAAAGCAACGUUUUGUAUUUAAAUGCACAAUUUUUAUUCAUAAGAAUCCUCCUUAGAAACCACAUAAUUCAAUAUUAUUUGAGAAAUCUGAGCCUAAUCUACGUAGGCUUGAAUCUGUCAUUGCAACAGAGGCUUUUGUCUAAGACACACGUCUCCUCCAGCGUUCAGUCACAUCUCCUCGUCAUGACAACAGCCAAAUGUGAUGAAAUGACUAUGUGCAAUACAGAUUUACAUGUAAAUAGUUUUAUAAACACUUACUAUGCUUUUGGUUUAUAUCUUUAUUCAUUCUUAUCAGUUACAACAUGCUGCUUAUUAUUGUGUUUGAUAUCAUUUUCCACUUUAUUAUAAUGGUUUUUACGGAAAGGGGGUUUUCAGCGUGUUUGACCUUCUCAAAGUAAAAAGCUGCGUGCCUUUCUUUAAUGAAUGUUGACGAUGAUGAUGAUGAUGGUGGGCCCCGCCCCCUCCACUGCUGCCGGGCUGGUCCUGACUGCAAAGGAGAGGCGUUUGGUGGUUUCCGGCUCAGACAGGAGCGAUUCUGAGGAGGUGUCAGGAGAUGGGGAGCAGAACGUUUGGCUGUAGGGAACGUCACUGGAUAACAGAAAAGCUAGCUUUUCUCUGGUUUCCCCAAUUCCCACAAUGUUAAACUUCAUCCAGUAAUUUUAGUACACUUUAUUUAUCCCGACUGAUCUCAAGUUUUGGUGUGGUUUCUUUCAGCUCUUACUCCACAGAGCUCUGCUGCUCCGCACGUGACGCUACCAUUUAAUAUCAAUCCGCUUAUUGACAAUCAGCGAGCAGUACGUGCUCUCUUUGUGUUGAAGUGAACUUUUUGUUAUGUUGCUACCAAAUUAUUCCAGCAGUAUUUUGAACUUCAUGCUGCCUAAAGUCUGAGCUGUUCUCUCUGGGCGAGCGAUGUGUGGUUGAGAUCAGGCUUUUGAUUGGCUUUGCUCAUUUUUCUGCCUUUUUUUUUAACAGGAGCAGCACAAUCUUAAAUACAGCUAUCUUAUUUUGAAAUCUAUUUUAUUUGGCUCUGGGAAGACUAUCGUUUGCAGGAGCUGUGUUUACAUGCAGAUAUCCAUCUCUUGGUUCAGAUCCUGCCGUGCAUCUUUGAGUUGCACAGAUCGUAUUUUUAAACCUUGUAAUCAGUCCAGGUUUAGAAAAGAUUUGCUUCAUAUUUUCUUAGACCAUCACAAUUGCUGCAUAGUUGCACAAAAUCUUCCAUUUACUGAAUGAAAAUCCUGUUUGCUGGUCUUAAUUCCUGCAUGUAAACACAGCCGGUGUUGUGCUCGGGCUUCAGAGACCAGCCGCUCUCCUACAGACUAUUUAAAGAAAGUAUUAUUACAAAGAUGAAGAGUUCAGUCGUUGUUCCUUCAGAUUAGCUUUCAGAUCGUCUGCAUUUCAGAUGGAUGGAGAAGAAGCUUUAGAAGGAGAGCUGCAGCUCUCCAAAGAGUGUGUGAGCCCAGCUGUGUGACUGGUGUGUUUUCUGGUUCAGGCUUUGAGUGACGAUUGACAAUCUUUGGUGGACUGAAUGUCCUCUGUCUCCAUCACCUGGCCACCACCUACUUAUCCAUCUUUUUAAUAUUGUAUUUCUACUUUAAGGAGCAUCAGCUCUUUUCCUUUGUGUAUUUUACAAUUCUGUUACUCUUAAAAAAUAUAUUUAUACAGAAAUUCAUAUUUUUUGUAUCUAUCGUCUUGUUUUGUCCAUUUUCGUCUGUGGUUAAAAUCCAUCAGUACACAGUAUAAUUGGUGAUGUAAUUAUUGACAGCUAUCUCUUUUAUACUUUCAUGUUUGAAUUGAGAAUUUGUUUAAAACAUGCUUCUACUGUCCUUGUGUGUAAAAUAUAUGUAUAAAUUAAAUUAACCGCCCUGGACUUUACUGCAUUUCUUUGUGAAUGGAGCAUGGAGACAUAAGUUCUGCGGUCAUGGUAACUACAUUUGGUUGGUUUUGGUGCUUUAAAUGCAUUAAUAAAAGAAAAUCUUGCCUUCUUUUACUCAUAAA